CCCACUGAAUCCUUCCCACUGCAGGGAGCUGCUGAGGAGCCACAUGGUCCAUCCCUGGAUUCUCCAAGCACUGACUGUCCAUCCACUCUGACCACAGCCAGGGCCACAUCCCACUGCCUGCCCAGCAUCCAUCCAUGGAGGUGACCACCGUGUCCCCAUCUCCUGCCUCACCCACUGAAGGAGAUGAUCUGUGUGAGACAGAUGUCGCCAGCAUGGCCAUACACAGUGUGACACUGGUCAUUUGCCUCUGUGGGCUGGCUGGGAACGGGGCUGUCAUCGGCCUCCUCAGCCUGAAAAUCAGGAACGCUGGCUUCUUUGACCUGGCUGUCAUUGACUUCAUCUUCCUCCUCUUUGCGGUCCCGUCUGCCCUCCUCAUCCUGGUGGAGGACAUCUCCUGCUCUCCUAUCCUGCCUUUGAUGUACAUGAACUUCGUUUUUCAGCUUUCAGUGUUCUCCUGCUACUGGGCACUGUACCGGGUGACAGUUGGCACAUGCAUGCAACAUAUGCGGAACUUCUUAAAGCUCUGCUGCCGCUGUGACCCUCCUCUGCGCCUGAUGUGGGUGGUGGACACUAUCCAAUACUGGGCGUUCUUUGCUCUCUUCACUGUCAUUCCCUCAGUGACAUUGCUGUGCCCAUCACACCAGCAGGAGCACUGCCGGGCAGCUUUCAUCUCUGUGUACACCCUCAUCCUGCUCCUCGUUGUUGCACCCAUGCUCGUUUCCAGCCCCGUUGAUUUCAUUAAGGCCAAGUGGGGCUCCCAGCAGCAGCAGCCCGAGAGGCGCGACAUCGUUAUCUUCGUCAUUGUGGUCUUCACUCUCCUCCUUAGCCUCUGGAAUUUCCUGCAGGAUCUCGGUUAUAUCACUGUGUCCUCCCAGGUUGUUUUCCUGCUCGCCUGCAUGAACAGCAGCAUCAAACCCUUCAUCUACUUGUUGAUGGGGAGGUGCUGGAGGCCCUGCUCUGUGGGGUCCCUCCGGCUCUCCCGCCAGAGGGUCUUUGAGGAGCAGAAAAAAACCACUACUCACAGGAAUGAUGCCACCGGGGACACAGGGUUCUGAAUGUGUUGAUCCCUCCCCCUGCUCUGCUGACCUUGGACAGGGACUGAGGAAUUCCAUAGGUCACCUCAUUAAUCAAUACGUACUGGAUCACCCUCCCUGUGGUGCUGUAUUCCUGCAGGAGAAGACAGCAGGGGCAUUGCCUUGGCUGAUUUUUGUGGGAUGCUCUGCAGGGAGCACACUGGAGCAUGGCUUUCCUCCUCCCUCCUGGAUCCACAUGACUCCAAGCAGUGCAGCUGGGCUCAGUGCUGUUCCCCAGCUCUAUUCCCCAUGGAAUCACCCUCAUGGCCUCGGCCCAAAGGAACGAACUCCAUCUCCUUUGGCUCAGCAGAUGAGUUCCAUGGUGUUUUCAGGGAGCUCUUGCCUGCAAAGAAUGGGACACCUUAAUCCCUGGGGACACACCCAGCACUACGGGGUGGCAGUGAUUUCCCAAAUCCCUGCAGGGCUGGUGCCUCUGGAUGGCAGGAGAG